AUGUAAGACAAAUUAAUUAAAGAAUUGAAUCUAGAAAAUUAAACUAUAGAUCCUUAGGAAGCUAAAAAAAUAUAUAAUUCUUCGAAAGUAAAAAUAUAAAUUCUAUCAUUUUCAUUUAUGUUAUUAUUUUCUGCAUUUAACUCUGCAUAAAAUUUAGUAGGAACAUUAUAUGAAAAUUUAGAAUAUAAUAAUUUAGGCUUAAUAUCUUUAUUAGUAUUAUAUGCAGUAUUCGCAAUAGCAUGCUUGUUUGCAAAAUAUAUAAUAAAAAAACUUUCAUUUAAAAUAACAUUCAUAUUAAGUUCUAUGGGAUACAAUUUUUAUUCUGCGUCUGGAAUAUGGGUAUGCUUAUGUUAUAAAGAAAAUUCUAAAAGUGGAGUAUGUUCAACUGAAGUUAUUUAUUUUAUUGUCCUUUUAAGCGCUUCUUUAUGUGGAAUGGCUGCAUCUACUAUAUGGAUAGCUUAAGGUAGUUAUAUAGAUACAUUAUGUAUAAAAUCAAGAGAAAUGAGAGGAAAUUUAUUUGGAAUAUUUUGGGCUAUUUAAUAAUCAUCUCUUAUUGCUGGAGCUUUAUUAGGAUCUUUUGUUCUUAAAUAUUUAGAUAAUCUUUAUUAUUUUAUUAUUAUGACAUCUUUGGGAUUAGUUGCUACAUUAUUUUUUUUUCUCUUGCCUAAUGUAUAAUAAUAAAACAAUGAAGAAACAUAGCCUAUCAAAUAAUAAAUAAGUAAUGUAUUUAAACUUAUGAUGGGAAAAAAAGUAAGACCUUUUAUUCCUUUUAUGGUAAUGGCAGGAAUUAUUGUUGGAUUUUAUUCUGGUUUCUUGAAUAAACUUGUCGAAAACUCAAUGGGAUUUUCCGAUUAUCCUUUAAAUAAAAAUGAAAAGGAUGAUUUAAGUCAAAAUUUAUCGUAUGUAUUAAUUUCCUUAGGUGUUUUUGAAAUAUUUGGAGGUAUUAUUUCUGGAAAACUAGCUGAUAAAUUUUGUGUUUAUAAAUUAGCCACUUUAGAUUAAAUAAAAAAGCAGCAAAAUUGA